GGGCAACCCCUACAUUGGCUUUGGUGAACAGGAUCUGAUCCCAAGGACUGUUACCUUUUCUCCCGUGAAGACCAAUCAUGAGGCCAGUGUGGGGAGCUCCACCCCCAGGAGAAAUCAGAGAGGAGAAUGUGUCAAAUCUGCUGUGAGCGAUGGGGGUGUGUUCGCCAGACAUGCUAAAAAUAUGCAUCCGACUGCAGAUGAUAUUAGCAGAUCAACCUAGCAGUGCAACCAUGACUAAGAACUGCAACAACGAUCACAAGAUGAAGUUCUCCUUGGAGGAGGAGUUCCCUGACCUUUCUCUGCACAACAACCACAUGGCCAAGGUGCUGACCAAGGACAUUUACAGCAAACUCAGGUCCAAGUCAACCCCCAGCGGAUUCACCCUGGAUGACUGCAUUCAGACCGGCGUGGACAACCCUGGCCACCCCUUCAUCAUGACUGUCGGCUGUGUGGCUGGCGAUGAGGAGUCCUAUGAGGUCUUCAAGGAGUUGUUUGACCCCAUCAUUUCCGACCGUCAUGGUGGCUACAAGCCCACAGACAAGCACGUAACCGAUCUGAACUUUGAGAACCUGAAGGUACGGAACCAGUUAGAGAGCAUUUACAUUUGCGUUAUUCUCUGGUUGACCUUUACCUGUCUGCAGGGUGGUGAUGACCUUGACCCCAACUACGUCCUGAGCAGCCGCGUGCGUACCGGCCGUAGCAUCAAGGGAAUCACACUGCCCCCACACAACAGCCGCGGUGAGCGCAGAGCUGUGGAGAAACUCUCCAUUGAGGCUCUGAACAGCCUGGAUGGCGAGUUCAAGGGCAAGUACUACCCUCUGAAGGACAUGACUGAUAAGGAACAGGAGCAGCUCAUUGCUGACCACUUCCUGUUUGACAAGCCCGUGUCCCCACUGCUGCUGGCUGCCGGCAUGGCCCGUGACUGGCCCGACGGUAGAGGCAUCUGGCACAACGACAACAAGACCUUCCUUGUGUGGGUGAACGAGGAGGAUCACCUGCGUGUCAUUUCCAUGCAGCAGGGCGGCAACAUGAAGGAGGUCUUCAAGAGGUUCUGUACUGGCCUGCAGAAGAUUGAGGAUGUCUUCAAGAAGCACAACCAUGGUUUCAUGUGGAACGAUCAUCUUGGUUUCGUCCUCACCUGCCCAUCUAACUUGGGUACCGGCCUGCGAGGUGGCGUGCACGUCAAGCUGCCCAAACUCAGCACACAUGCCAAAUUCGAGGAGAUCUUGACCAGACUCCGUCUUCAGAAGCGUGGCACAGGUGGUGUGGACACCGCUUCCGUCGGAGGCGUGUUUGACAUCUCCAACGCUGACCGUCUGGGCUCCUCCGAGGUUGCGCAGGUGCAGCUGGUUGUCGAUGGUGUUAAGCUCAUGGUUGAAAUGGAAAAGAAACUGGAGAAGGGAGAGUCCAUUGACGGCAUGAUCCCUGCCCAGAAGUAAAUGGCAAACAUUGUGCUUUUUUUAUUCAUUCUUAUAUACCAUCUGACAAGCACGCUCGCUUGACUUUUCCAAGAGACACUCCACACUGCUCCCGUUUUCCUACUUCCUUUCUUUCCUGUCGUCUUCUUUUUUCUUUUUCUUUCUGUACUUCCUAUUCCUUCUGUAACAUCCUGGGAUCAAACCUCCACAUAGCUGGGAAACCCUGGCAAUGUUGUAUUCACCUAAAUGAUUUUGGUUGUACAAAGUUAAUAAACGGCCCCCAUGUAACAAUCA